CGCUCUUUCAAAUUAUUACAGAGGCGGCAGGCUUAUCACCAAACGCCCUAUUCCUCCUAAUAGAGUGGCCGUCGCCUGCGGUGGUAGUAGAACCCAAAUACGCCUCGAUUUCUGUCUCGUCCAUAUUCGGAACCACCACCGCGAUGACCUCCUCCUCUGCUCUCGUCCUCACCACUACUUUUCUGCUCCCUCUGAACCACCGCCCCACGUUUCUCGCUAUUCCGUCCCAUCUCAGCAGCAGCGAUGGCCAUGGAAGGAGCCGUGCCGGCCCCCAGGGAAAGUGGAAGUGCUGCUCCACCCCUAAGGACAAGUCGGCCUCUACGCAGCAGAGGCAGCGAAAGCCGCCGCGCCGUUCCUUCAGCGGGAAAUCAGAGCCGGACGUUGACCCCAUUGGCUUUCUCUCCAAGUUCGCCAUCUCCCACCGCGGUUUUGCUCAGUUCCUUCGUGAGCGGUACAAGGCCUUGAAGGACCGCAGAUUUGAGUUAUACUCUCGGUUUAUAGAUCUGAAGGAGUCAGCUUCGGGGUAUGAAAUUUUGGGCAUGCAUAGGCAUAGGCAGCAUCGGGUGGACUACAUGGAGUGGGCCCCAGGUGCUCGAUAUUGUUCGCUUGUUGGUGACUUCAAUGGAUGGUCAGCAACAGAAAAUAGUGCAAGAGAUGGACACUUAGGGCAUGAUGAUUUUGGUUAUUGGUUUGUCAUUCUUGAAGAUAAGCUAAGAGAUGGUGAAGAACCAGAUGAAUAUUUCUUUCAAGAGUACAAUUAUAUGGAUGAUUAUGACAAAGGUGACGGUAAUAUUAAUGUUGAAGAACUUCUUAGAAGAAUAAAUGAUGAAUAUUGGGAACCUGGAGAGGUUUGGCCCCGUAAGUCACGUAUGGAGAUGGUUUCUAAGUUGUAUGAACAGAUGUUUGGCCCCAAUAGUCCCCAGACUGAUGAAGAACUAGGUGAAAUACUUGAUGCUGAAACACGUUACAAGCAAUGGAAAGAAGUCUCAAAAUUUGAUCAUGUCAACGACAGGCCUCGCUUUGAUGUCAUUGAUGAUGGGAAGGAGUUUGAUAUCUUCAGUGUUAAAGGUGAUCCAGUAUCAGCAGAGAAAUUUAAAUCUAAGAAACCUCCUCUUUCUUACUGGAUAGAAAUGCGAAAAGGAUGUAAGGCAUGGUUGAAAAAAUACAUGCCCGCUAUUUCACAUGGAAGUAGGUAUAAAGUUUAUUUUAAUACUCCUGAUGGAGCAUUGGAAAGAGUUCCAGCUUGGGCUACAUAUGUUCUACCAGAAGCAGAUGGAAAAGAAGCUUAUGCAGUUUAUUGGGAACCUCCUCCAGAGGAUAUGUACAAGUGGAAGUAUAAGAGGCCCAAAACUCCAAAGUCUCUUCGUAUAUAUGAGUGCCAUGUUGGGAUAAGUGGAUCGGAACCAAAAAUAUCAUCCUUUAAUGAGUUUACUUCCAAGGUUCUUCCACAUGUGAAAAAUGCAGGAUACAAUGCUAUCCAGUUAUUUGGGGUUGUUGAGCAUUGGGACUAUUCUUCUGUUGGUUACAAAGUUACAAAUUUUUUUGCUGUUAGUAGUAGAUUUGGGACUCCUGAUGACUUCAAGCAGUUGGUUGAUGAGGCACAUGGUAUGCUAUUAGGACAGUUUUUUGCUUUGUUGUUACAAGGUUUCAAUAUAUGA